CAACAAGAAACCCACCAGCCUCCUGUUUAACUCUUUGCUGUGGAACAAGCUCAGAGUGACAGCAGGUGCCUCUUCAGGAUAGUUUAAAGAAGUCUUUGCCUUGAGGCUGUGAAUUGGGUGAUUGCUGAAGCCUUUUCCUUAUGUAGAAUCUACUGGUUAGCUCCUUAGCAAAGAAGCAGCCUACAAAAACAGACACACUUGUCGACUCUCAAGGUGUGGAUGAUCAUGGGAGAACAACUGUUAAAGAACAGCAUCCUUGAUCAAUUUAUUAAUAGCCAUGAGCAGUCAUAUGAAGAGUUUCUAAAUACAUUCACAUAUCUUUUUAAAGAGAAAGAGGGAAAGACAAUUCAGGGAAGUAAAGUGGACUCCUUAAGAAAAAAAUGUUCUACUUCUGAAUUACCAAACAGAAAUAAGCAGAAUGGCUCACCUGAAAGAAGCAAAGAAAUGUGGGUAUCAUUUCCACCACGGAUGCCAAAUGAGAAUGAGACAGUGAUGAGUGAGAGCUCAACAGCUGAUGUCUCUGAUGGAAAUAAUAUCAAUCUGUCUGAAAGAGUGAAGGUGGAAAAGUACUUAAACUUGGAAGAUGUAGACACAGAUGAAGAGACAUGCAAUGCAGGGUCAUUAGUUCUCCCAGGAGAGGUGGAAGAGACAGUGACUUGCUGUACACCCUUCUUUGAAAAGCCUAUUCAGCCGAAGUUCAGAGACUUGCCAGUUCCCCAGCCAUCAGACAGCAAAGCCCAAGAGCUACUGGGUGAUGAUGUUCAACCAUUCUCACUUGAUGAAGAAUUUGAUUAUGACAAUGUGGCACUGACCCCUAAGUUCUCUGAAGCUGAGCUGAAGGCCAUUUUAGAGUUGUCUGAAGAGGAAACGGGUACAGAUAUCAAAUCUGCAUGAGCUGAAGGCAGAGUCAAAGGUGUUCCGUGCAGGGCUGUUGGAAUGACCUUUUUAUGGGGUGAAUAUAGCUCCUCGUUGUACCUUUAGUGUUCUUAUCUGCAUGGCCAGUAAAUGGCAUCCCAAGAUUUAUUCUGUCAAGGUGCCUUGGAUCCUGUACUGGCUCAGGAUAGGUGUGCUGGCGUGACUUCUCCAUAGGAACAAAACAAGCUGCUGGAUUUCAGAAUAGCAUCAUGGCUGCUCUUGCUUAUAUCGGCUACUGACUCAGAUUCUGAGUAGUACAAAGCUGGUCCUGAAGCUGCCUUUUACCUCAUUCUUUCAGUAAUGCAAUUAAGAGCUUCUUAAUAGCUGACAAAUCAGUCUAUGAACUCUUUAAAUAUAUAGAGAUACAUGAGUGAAUAAAUCUGGGAAUAUUUUUUUCUUUGUCUUUUGAUUUCUUACAAAUUUGUAGAACUGAUUAGUUCUGCAAAAAAUAAAUAUUCCUGUUUCCAACAAA